AUGUCGUUUUUCUGGCACUUCUUCAGGAAACUGCAGCCAUUUCCAAGGAGGAUAACCGCACUCAAGAGUGUCAUUCGAAACUCCCAGGCCGGAAGCACCAGAACCACCUUAACGCUUGAGGGGGUUGUUGUUCUGUCCAACGAUCGAGUGCGCGCCCGCAGCGUUGGUUCUCUGGCGCUCGAGCGCGCGCCGAGCGUCACGUGUGAAAGGCUGUCAGAGGCACCGCAAGCGGCGCAGAAAGCGCAGGUGGCGCAAGUGGCGCAGGUGGCGCAAGCGGCGCAGGUGGCGCAGGCGGCGCAGGCGGCGCAGGCGGCGCAAGCGGCGCAAGCGGCGCAGGUGGGCUGUGGCCUUACGGUUCCGACUGUACGACGAGAGCUGGAGAAAGUGGUGCAGAGGUUCCCAGGUGGUCGCCUCAUUCGAGCAUCACUGGCCAGUCGAGAUGGAGUGAGCGCUGGUGAAAGAAUUGUCAAUCCAGAGAAUCCGGGUCUUGCCAAAGAGCUAGUCUCCAAAGGUGUGGCUUGGAAGGGCUUAGCGUCCGUGAGUGUGCCCUUGCCUGGUGCGACGGCCAUCGAGAAGUUGAGCAAACAGGAGCGGUGGCCCAAGCCGAUGAGACGAUGCAGGUCGAACAUCCAUCCUCAUCCAUCUGUAGACGUGGGGGGCGGGGCCCGAGACGUGGAGCCGCACGGGGGUCUCCCCGUGGAGCCAUUGCGACGUACAUCCUCUGGGGUGAAAGCGGAGGAUGUGAAGUCCAAGCCCCAUUCGGGACUGCCACCGGAACUCGAACGUCGCGUCGAUGUGAUGGCGGAAGUGAAGCAGGCCAUGGGCCCCAAGACGGAGUUCCUCUCGGCGGACAUGCGCGGAAUGGUUCAAAAGACAUUGCUCGUGCCCGCCAAUGGAGCUUUACCAGGAGACACGGCCUUGGUCUUGGUCACCGCCAUCCUGCGCGUCCAAGCGCGCUUCUCGUCCGGGGCCUCGGUGCCGUCGGAUGCGCAGGUUCAGAAGAUCUCAGGCAGGUCGCCGAGGUUUCCGCUCUUGAGGAAUGGCAGCAGCACCAUCAAUGGCUUUAGCUUGAAUGCCCCGUUGGCCACGCGUGUGCAGGAGGCUUUCGUCACCAUGUUUGUUAAACCUUUCGUCACCCAAAUCUCCUUUCGAUCUCGCCUUUCUCUCGCCCAAACCGCGCGGCGUGACCGGACCGCCAUGUCCUACGACGCCGUGGUCAUCGGCGGCGGCAGCGGGGGAAGCGCCUUCGCCAAGCGGGCGGCCGGUGGCUCGGCGCCACCGGUGGCCACGAGCUAUGGCGCCAAAGUGGCCCUGGUGGAGCAGGGCCCCCAGUGGCAGCCCAACAAGCGCCGCAGCGGAGCAGGGCCGGGUGGCACUUGUGUGAACGUGGGCUGUGUGCCGAAGAAGCUCAUGUUCAUGGCUGCUGCACAUCGUGAGAUGAUGAUCGGGGAGGCGGCCACUGCCAAGGGCUAUGGCUUCACCGUGCCUGAGGGAGCUGGAAAGAUCGACUGGAAAGGCUUGAAGGAGCGCCGCGACAAGUACGUGGCCAAAUUGAAUACCAACUACACCGCCGGCUGGAAGAAGGAAGGCUUUGCCAGCUUCACAGACGCGCAGACCGUAUCAGUGCAGCUCGAAUCAACUAGGCAAUGCAACGAUGGCACCACUCGUGUCUUGAAGGGCCAGCACAUCCUAGUGGCUUGUGGCGGGCUGCCCUCCGAGCCAGACAUUCCGGGGGUGGAGCAUGCGAUCAACAGUGAUGGCUUCUUCGAGUUGGAAGAGCAGCCGAAGAAGGUGGCGGUGGUGGGAGCUGGCUACAUUGCAGUGGAGAUGGCUGGGAUCCUCCAUGCUUUGGGCUCUGAGACCCAUCUCUUCUUCCGCGGAGACACAGUGCUACGCCGCGGUUUCGACCCCUUCAUCGUCCAGACCCUCAUGGAGGCUUCAGGCUUAGGCUCUAACACCAUCAAAGUUGGAGGCAAACAGGACGAUGGGCGUCUCACCUACGUUGCGACGGAAGGGCCGAUGGGCGAGGAGGCAAUCUUGAAGGAUUUCGAUUGCAUUCUGCUGGCAAUUGGCCGCAAGCCGGUGUCAGACCGCUUGGGAUUGCAGAACACGGGCGUGGAGCUCAACAAGUCAGGACACAUUGUUGUGGAUGCCUUUGAGAACACCAACGUGCCAGGAAUCUAUGCGAUUGGCGACGUCACCUCCACGGGCUACGAGCUCACCCCAGUGGCCAUCGCGGCCGGGCGGCGCUUGGCGGAUCGGCUCUUCCUCAAGGAGGGCCGCGCUCGGAUCGCCUACGAGCUCAUUGCCACGGUGGUCUUCAGCCACCCGCCCAUCGGUUGCAUCGGCCUGACGGAGCCACAGGCGAAGGCGGAGUUCGGCGAGGAGAACAUCAAGGUGAAGCAGUCCCGCUUCGCGAGCAUGCUGUAUGCCUUCAACGAUGAUGACAAAAAGGUGAAGACAGCGUUGAAGUUGGUGUUGAAGCUUCCAGAGGAGCGGAUCGUGGGGCUGCACUGCAUCGGUCCUUCCUCGGAUGAGAUGAUGCAAGGCUUCGCGGUGGCCGUGCGGAUGGGCGCCACCCGCGCAGACUUCGAGGCCUCUGUGGCGAUCCACCCGACCAUCGCGGAGGAGUUCGUGACCUUCGGGGGCUGGGGUCAGCAGCAACAGGGUGACAAGGUGAGGAUAGCUGAGAUGAGUUGGACAAGGAAGGGAGAGAAGGAAGGAUGCAUGAAUUCAGUGAAUGUCGGAAUCUUCGCAUGGGAAAGGCGGGAAAAUAUGGAAAAAUUAAUUGAUCGGUGGGUGAGGAGAAUGUGA